AUGGCAGACGAUAAAAUCUGGCCGCCCGCCAACGGCCUCACCACCAAAGUCGUCCCGCGCGACAAAGCAAUCCUCGAGCUCCCAUACUCGACCACCGUGCACGCCCCCGCACACGUCGUCUUUGACACCCUCGUCCGCACCUCAAACUACUCUGCUUGGAACACGUGGAUACCGAGCGUACGCAUCAUCUCCCAGCCGCCUCCUCGCAACACUACAGAAGAACAAGAUGGGUCGCGAAUGCGUGUGGGUACCGAGAUGGAAUUUAACGUCGUAAUGGACGCCUCGAAACCCGAUUCCAUCACGCACACCCUGCUCAAAGUCUCGGAUAUCUCGACACCCGACGCGCCAUCAUCGUACUUGUCGGCUGAAGAGCUUGCGGAUCCGAGUUUUACAGCUGAUCUGGGCAAGGUGUAUCGGGUUGCGUGGACGAGUAAUGGGGGGAUGAUGGGGUUUGCGCCCCAGAUUGAGCGGUUUCACGAGGUCAUUGUUACGAGCGAGGAUACGUGUGAGGUGAGGAAUUGGGAGUUGAUGAGUGGCAUGACGGCGAGGCUUGUGAAGUUGUUUAUGUUGGAGACAUUGCAGGGGAAGGUGAGGCUUUGGUGUGAGGAUUUGAAAAAGUAUUGUGAGAGGGUGUAUGCGGAGGGGAAGGCGGGUGGUGGAGCUGCUGCUGCUGUGUAA